AUGAAUUAUUCAAAGAAAAUAAAGAAAGGGGGGGAAAGAGCGUGGAAUGAAAUGAUGAGUGGGAUCGGAAAACAACAAAAAAAAAAAAAAAAGAGAAGGAAAGAAAAGAAAAGGGUGAUUCGAGACAUCAAUGCUGAGAACGGAAUGAAUAACUGCAAGGCAUCAAUAUCCAAAAGGAGCUCGAAAUGUGUUUUUUUAUUUUUAUUUUUUACUUCCUUUUUUUUUUUUUUACUUUUGAAGCACUUGGUGAUGCGGUGGUUUACUUGGCUGCUGCUUCCGCAGAAGCGUCUGAAUGCGAAUACGCGUCGACUUCCCAUAAAAAGGAAAAUCUCUUCUCGACACUCGCUUUGUCGUGGGGCGCUUCUUGCGGAGUUGGACCGAAACCCCAACGACAACGAUAUUGCGGCAGGGACGAACGAUGUUGUUGAAUCAACAGCCGCGACAUCACCGGCCGCAUUGUCCGCAUCAUCUCUUUACGGUGACAACAAGUACCUUGUUCCAUCACCGUUUGCGAAAAAACUUGAGGAAACUUUGAUGGCUGUUGACUUAUCGCCAGGGCACAUCUCCUCAGUUUCAGUACAUUCACGUGGGGUGAGGGACGGAUCACAAUUACCCUCUCUGGACACAUUAAAGGCACAAGAAAGGGCACUUCGAACAAUGUUUGCCGACGCCAAAUGCCGCUGUAUUCGCAUGCAGAAGGAUCGGGAGUGGCUUAGAGAGGAACGGCGUGCUUUUCAGCUGUCACAUGGUCGUCCCCCAUCGAACCAGGAGGUGAGUCCAUUUGUCGAUAUUGAGCUCUCUCCCGUAGCAGCUCUGAAACUAUCGAAAUGCCUCU